UGAGAAUGAAUCGAGCAGAUUUCGAGCAGAGCCUUAACUUGAAGAUAGAAUGCUUGCAAGCAUAGCAAAACAAACCCCUGUUUGCGCUGACCACCGAAUUUUGCCGGCCCAGAAUUGAAACCUGUGAUAAACUCCUCAAAAUGUUCGACGAUGGUUCCGUCGGACCGAUUUCCGGUGGUCGAGAAUCCGGCGAUGAGGAUGAUUUCUUUAAGCCAUCGUCCGCCGGAUCAGGUGGCAAAUCCUCGUUGGCCAAAAUAUUUGGCCUCACAUCCAGCAAAGGGGCAAGUGUUCCGGACCGAAAGAAGCCCGUGACUGCAGAAGCUCCAAAAUCGAUCCAAGUUUCGGAUCGAUACGGUCCCUCGAACUUCCGGUACAUUCCUUCCUCGGAACCGGAAUCGGAGGAGAAUGAACAACGGGCCGCCGGAGAGUCAAACAGUAAGCCCCCAUUGGAGUGGGUCAUCGUGCGAGCGAGCAUCGUGUCUGCCUAUAAACUCGUCGACAACGAUAACAAGUUCCUAGGCAAAGUAGGCCUGGUAUUGCUCAAGUCUUCCACCGCUCAUCGCCUACUGCUCUAUCGCACCAAAUCGGAUGUUCUGUGUGCGGCCACGCUAACCCGUGAGACGAAACUGCACCUCAAGCAGGACUAUCUCCAGUUCCGUGCCGAUGAAUCGAACGAGUUUUGGAGCAUUCUGUUCGAAAGUGAAUCGGACCGCGGAGUGAUGCUGCCGCUCAUCGAGGGUUGCUGUACGAUCGAGCGUGAACCACUAGUAGAAGAACCCGCCUCUGAACCGGAAAAGGAACCGCAAGAAUCAGUAGAGGUGGUCAACAACAACAGCAGCAACAGCAACAGUCGCAAAAUACAGCUCGUUGCCCGGAUGGCACGUAUGGGCCAAGCGAUCCCGCUACCUCCGGAAAAGCAGCGCUUGGCCGGAACCGAUGUGCCACCGAUUCCUUCGUCACCCCCGGCACGCGCCGGUGGUUCGGAUUCAUCGGAUGAUACGUCCGAUUCGAAGAUUGAAAUCAUUCCAUCCCGUGCCAUUCCCAUAGCCGCACGCCGUCCCAACGUGACGCACACACUAAGCAUGCAGAUGGUACCACUUGCGGGAAUGAUGAGCUCUGCCGGCGGUGGCAGCGUCGGUGGCCACUCUGCGAGCAAUACCGAUGUGAAUCUGAACCUGAUCAUGAGCGAAACACGCAUGCAAAACACGGAGGUCCGCAUGAACUUGACGAAGCUGGAAUCGAAACUCGAUCGUGUGCUCGAUCGUAUCGAUCUGCUAAGCGUACACGGGGAUCGGGGUACGAGCGGUGCACUGGAUAAAGAUGCGGAGCUCCUACAGCUCGAAGAGAAAGUUCUCGAUUUAAAGCGAGAAAACCAUUCACUCCGAGCCAAGCUGCAUGCCGAACAGAAGGUGGCCGAAGAAAGGCGCUCCCUGCACGCACAGCUCGUAGAGAAGGUCCGUUCUUUGACGGAAAAUGAAGAAACGUUGCGAGAGGAGAUUGCUGAGUUGAAGGUGAAGAUCGAAGCUGGCAGUACGGACCGGGAAGUGGAGAAAGAAAGGCACCACGAGCUGGAGACAGAGCUAUCCACUGUGCGGCAGAGCGUGGAACGUAAGACCAAAGAGUUGGAGCAAACAUUGCGUGAGCUGGAGGAGCACCGAAAGAAGGAAAAUCAGCUACAGUUGGAGCUUGUAGAGCAACGCAAUCGUUCACUGGAGGCCACAGCCCAGGUCGAGCAGCUGCAACGGGAACUGCAGAGCUGGAAGGAUAAGGCCGAGGACGAGAAAGCGCCUCAUCCAUCGACCGGAUCACUCGUGAAGGACAUCAUGAACAAUUGCUAUCAGCAGCUGUGCGAACAGAUCGCCGAUCCACACAUCCUUCGGAUGAUCGCUUCCACGAUCAAGCGUGAAACGAAGGCGGUCCUAGAGCGUGAAACGAAAUAAAAACCCCGUUCCCUUUCAGA